AUGGAGAAGAAACGACGGGCCCGCAUCAACGUGUCUUUGGAGCAGCUCAGGUUCCUGCUGGAGAAACAUUACUCACACCAGAUCCGGAAACGCAAACUGGAGAAGGCGGACAUACUGGAGCUCAGUGUCAAAUAUAUGAAAAGUCUCCAGAACUCAGUGCAAGGGUUCUGGCCUCUCCACUGCGGAACCGAAUACGCGUCCAGCUUCAGCGGCUGCCUGUCCGGCUGCCUGCCUGGCGGUGGCGGCGGUCUGCGCUGCCCUCUGGCGCACGAGCGCGCGGGUCGCAGCACCUUGGACAGCGCCAGCCCCGCGGUCCCCGCAUCUUGGGGUUCUGCUCCGGCCCCGGGCAGCUCCGGAUCCGGAUCCGGAUCCCCUCCACCGCCACCCCGACUCCCUGACCCAUCCACCAGCAUCCCGGCGCCGCCGCCAACACCACCACUACCCCCACCGUCGCCAAGUCGCCGCGCCCAGAGCCCGGGCCCCGGGGUGCGCGUCUGGAGGCCUUGGUGA